UCAGCAGCAGCAGCAGCAGCAGCACUAGGGGCGUAUACGUAAUCAAAUAUGUCCAGGUAUAUCAAUCGAUAUGUGAUUAUUGUGCUAGUCACAUGGUUGUGUUUUAAUGAAAUUGUAAUCAAUAUUGCUGCAAAUCAAACGGAUGCAAAGGCAUUGGAAUAUCGCCGUGAUAAUAUAACCAUACUACAUGAGGUUAAUAGCGAGGAUCAGUCAACGAUUAGCUUAAACACUCAUGAAGUUUUGCCACUAAAGCCAUUUAAAAAGAAACCCUACAUACCAUUGGAAAAGAUCUUGCCACGCAUUGAGUAUAUUAAACCACAUCCGCUCAAAGAAUAUGAACUCCAUCCAGUCACAUUUGAUUUCAAUUUGGGUGAUCUAGAGGAUCUGGAGCAUGAGGUGAUCAAAAAGGGUGAUCUCAGCAGUGCCGAGCAGGAGCAGCAUGUGCUGGCCAAUGGUGACGGCAAUGCCGAUGGUGCCGAGAGUGAUGACUCAGAGUUCUCCUAUCGACCUCAUAAUCCGGAUGGCAAUGAUACGGUUGAUGUGGAAAUUGCCGAAUUGACGAGUGGCGGUUCCACAGAACCGACCACAGCCACUUCGCCGGCAACAACCACUCCAAUGGCCGAUAGCAAUACGACCAGUCCGACCAGCCCAAUGACCCCCAUAGGAACAACUACAUCUGGCACUCAUAUACUCAAGAUCUUGCGUAGCAAACCAGCUAGCACGGCCAAGAAGGGACGCGAACUGCUCAAACAACCUGACGAUGAUACUCAACUCAAGACACUGGGCAGCACCAUAAACAGUAUCAGUCGCUAUCUGGGCGGGAAUUCCACAACGAAUGCCAGCAAUAGCAUGGCCGAUAGUCUAUACGGAUCGGCAAACUAUUUCCAGAUAGUCACCAAUCUGUACGAUCACUUCUAUUGGCAAGUCUCGGAAAUUCGGACCAAUGUGCGGACAGGAUGUGGACUCGAGAUGCAGGCGUAUCUCACAGCAUUGCAUUCCAGCUACGAGUGGGCGCAAAAAGCCUAUGAUGCCUCGGGACGCUAUCGCGGGCAGCUUUUGUUUGGCAAUGAUAAGUGGUUGGGUCAAUUGGGUUUCUGCUAUGAGGUCAAUCGUCAGGAGUCCAAUGAAGAGCGUAAGCAUUUCGAUUUGGAAUUCUAUGUGGCGGAUAUUGCUUUGCAUUUGCCCAGAUUGAACAGAUCGCUUCUGCUGAGUCUGGGUGAGUGUUUGCCGAAAUCUUGCUCGGCCCAUGAUGUACAAUCGAUUCUCUCACUGGAUCCCUAUGCACGUAUGCUGACCGUGUUGGGGGCACACAAUGCUUCAGUGCAACAGCCACCGUUGCAGGUCCUUCAUGUGCGCACUGUGCCGGGUGUCUAUAGUCAUUGGCGUCAGCUCAAGUUUCAAAUGUUUAUUAGCUUUCUGCUCACCCUGCUGAUGGUGGUAAUUGUGGCCACCUACUAUCAAAUGAGGAUUGAUGAGCGUCGUCUGGUAAUUGGAACUAUACCGGCAAUCAGUGCCAAGUGUGAUGCAGCCUCAAAUGGUUCGAAUGGUUACUAUGGCAAACCCUUUGAACUCUUCCAAAUGCGUCCAUUGGGUAGCAAUGGCAUUGUUAAUGGCACAGAUCAUGCACCAGAUGUGGAUGUAAAUGGGAAUCGACAGCGACAGAUAGGAGAUAAUGGAAGUGCCAUUAGCCAAGGUAUUGCGCCAUCCGACGGUGAGGUAUUGACAGUAAUGCCCAUGGGUUUGCCACCAGCAGCGACAUCAAUGGCAACUCCAGCAUCGGGAAGCAGCAUUGAAAAGACUGAGAUGGCAGACUAUCAAGUGGAAACGGGUAGUUGUACCGGCGUGGCCGGAACAUAUGAGGCUGAGCAACCUGUGGCUCUUCAUCAGCAGCUUUUGCUGUGCUUUGCAUUGCAGACCAAUGCAAAGGCCAUUUUAAACAUUGAUCGCACCAAGGAGAGUCACACAUCUUGUCUGCAUGGUCUACGGGUUUUUUCUGUAUUAUGGACCAUGAUGGUGCACACAUAUCUACAAUUGUUUGCCAUUGGCGAAAAUAAAUUUGAACGUGUGAUCACAGAACGUUCUGUGUGGUAUCAAAUCAUUGGUAAUGCCACCUUCUCGGUGGACUCAUUCUUCUUUAUUAGCGGCCUAUUGGUCACUUUGCUCUACCUCAAGCAGGAUCGCAAGUAUCCCACAGAGACAUGUUCAUUCAUAAAGCGAAGUUGUGCGGAUACAUUAAUGAUGUUAUUUUAUCGUUAUUUACGUCUAACUCCUGUCUACCUCUUUGUGGUCUUUUUCAAUGACCUGGCCGUGAGACAAGGCCUGGAUUCAUCUGUAUUUCAGCCGGCAAAAAUUGAGCCAAACAAUUGCCGCAUCUAUUGGUGGCGCAAUAUUUUGUAUAUUAACAAUUUCUAUCCGCAACGCGAAAUGUGCAUGAUGUGGAGCUGGUAUAUGGCCAAUGAUAUGCAGUUCUAUGUGAUGGCCGCUCUACUCCUGGCGUUUGCCAGAAAAUAUUUUAAGGCUACGGUUCUGACAUUGAUAGUGUUUUUGCUUAGCUCAUGGAGCAUUGCCGGCGUUUUAUCCAUACAACAUGAGUAUACUCAUAAGGUGGCGCUACCGUUUGAAUCAUUCGAUUUUCUAUAUGAUAAGCCUUGGCAGCGUGUAGGCUCCUAUAUAGUGGGUAUGUUUGCUGGCUAUGUGCUAUAUAAGGUAAAGACACCACCUCAAAUAUCAAGAAGGUCGAAUCUGUUGCUCUGGUCGGGCAGUUUGGGUCUCCUGUUAAUUGUCGUCUUUGGCGUUUGGGAGGGCCAACUGAGUACGGUUAAUACGGCUUUCUAUGUGGGUGUGGGUCACACCGCUUUCGGUUGUGGCCUUAUCUGGAUUGUUCUAUCCUGUUGCUGGGGCUUGGCACCCACAGUGAAUGCCAUACUCUCGUAUCGUGUACUCUGGCCAUUAUCCCGACUCACAUAUUGCGCUUAUCUAAUCCAUCCGAUUAUAAUGUUUAUUUGCUCAUCGCAUAUGAGUGGCACAGUCCAUCUGAAUAAUCCCAUGAUAUUGACCAUGUUUCUGGGCAAUGCUGUCGUAUCGUUCAGUUCGGCAUUUGUUAUAUCGGCGCUGUUCGAGGCGCCUGUUAUCCGGAUCCUCAAAAUAUGCUUCAAGAAGUAAUGUUCCGGUUAACUAGCUAAACGUCUAGUGUUGAUUUCUACUCUUUAAUUUAGUAUUCUAAUUGUGUUUGUUUUUUUUUCUUCUGCUGCGUUUGC